AUGGAGAACAUCACUCUGUCAGUGUUUACGGUCACAUCUAAGAGUGUAACAGUGCAGUGGAGCAGCUACACUGGAGCCAGCUCCUACAAGAUCACAGCAACACCCAAGAACUCCCCAGAUCCAUCCGUCUUUGCUCACUUUAGUGGCAACACCGUGAUGGGCUCAGUCAUCUCCCUGUCACCAAACACAGUGUACAGCAUGCAGGUGGAAGCCAUGGACAAUGCUCUCAAUGUCCUCAGCAGUGCAGAGACAGAGGCUACAACAGCUCCUGAAGUCCCGAGCAUUGAACAGGCCUACUCCAAACACAGCGACAGCAUCACUGUGGAGUUCACAGAGGUUUCUGGUGCAACCAGCUACAUCCUGAGGGCGCAGUCGUUGACCGGUGAUUUCUUCUCUGAGACCGUGGUGAGCAGCUCCCCAGGCACUGUGAUGCAGCUGCAGCCCUACACAGAUUUCAAGCUGAGUGUCAUGUCCGUCAACUCUGGGGGGCACAGCCAGCCAUCGUUCCCCAUCGAGGCCAGGACAGUGGUAAUGGCGCCCAAGUUGAACACCACCUCUCCUGAAAACGGCACCAUUUUUGUGUCUUGGCCCCCUGUGGAGAACGCCGUCCUCUACAUGCUCUGCAUCAUCCGAGAGGGCUCCAACUCCCGCCACAAACUGAACACCACUGACACAGAGGUGACGUUUGAUGAUCUUGAAGCAGGGAUCACCUACUGUAUUAAGGGCACAGCCUUGGACUCUGAGGGUCGACCUGGAGACGACCUCACCGUCUGCCAGAUCACACGUCCUCCAAUGCCAAAUGUGACUUACGUCUAUGUGACUACGGGUCGGUCUGGUUCUGUCUCUGUGAGCUGGAUAUCAGUUCAGGGAGCUGAGAUCUACGUAGCCAUGACCAAUACUGGCUUAAUGUGUACUUCAACAAUUUAUGGUUACUGUUUUAUUACACCUGUGGAGUGUGGCCAGAACAACACUGUCACUGUCACAGCCUAUAACAAAGCCGGUCCCAGCAGCCCCUCGCCACCAGCAAACUACAUUACAUUUCCGUGUCCCCCUGAGAAAAUAUGGGUGGAAGAGCCUGAAGCAGGAAACUGCUCGGUGGUGUGGGAAGAGGUCGAUAUGGUGGAGUACUACAGGGCUUUCAUAAAGAGGGACGACGGCAUAGAGAAAAUGUGCAACACGACUGGAACCACCUGCACAUUUCCCUGCAUGUGUGGCUACACCUACCUCACCAAUGUCUUCUCUCACAACUAUGCCGGCUACAGCCCUAACAUAGACGUCCGCAACUACACCACCCUUCCUUGUUGCCCACAGGAUGUUACCGUGAAGCUAGUUGCUACAGAGACCCUGGAGGUCAUGUGGUCGCCAGUAAGAGGGGCUGAGUUAUACGAGACAACGGCGGCACAGACUGAUGAUGUCAUCCACUGUAACGAUACAGCCCCUGUAUGUGCUCUGUCGGAUUUGAACUGCAACACAGCUUAUUCUGUGACUGUCACACCUUGCAGCGAGUUACGAGGAUGCAACCGCACAUGCGCACCACACACACAUGAGACAGCUCCGUGCGCUCCAGAAAUCCUAAAUAUGACAAAGACAGACAACUCCACAUACAGAGUCCUCUUCACUACCCCCAACAUGCCCAACACCAACUAUACCAUCAAAGCCAUCGGACGCUACGACACACACAUCUGCCACUCAACAAACAACUCCUGCGAGGUCACACAGCUGCCCUGUGGUUCAACCUAUGAGGUCAUGGCCGUGGCCACCACAGCUGUGGGGAAAAGUCUUCCUGGAUUCACUAAGACUUUGGAAACAGGUCCUUGCUGCCCCAUGUCUAUAAAUGUGACCCAGGUCACCCAGGCUAUGACCAACGUGACCUGGUCACCUGGCAGCGGGGCUCGCUCCUACAUCACCAGCCUGCUGUCCCCGCGCGGACACGCCAAGUGCCACACCCUGGACACCCACUGCGUGAUGGGAUGCAUCACGUGUGGCACCAACUACAGCGUCAACCUGGAGGCCAUCAGCAGCACGGGACACAAGUCAGAAUGCAAAUAUAAAGGAUUCUCAUCCAGUCCCUGCUGUCCAACAAGUGUCAAGCUGUAUCGCGUGGCCAACGUCUCCCUCAGGGUGUACUGGCGCUCUAUGGGCCCUCAGAUGCACAACGUCACCGUAGAGCUGUACGGGACGGCAGCCAACUACACCUGUACCGCACCUGCCAGCAGGAAAUACUGUGAUAUCCAGGAGAACACGUGUGGUGAGGUCUACACAGUAGUGACAGCACCAGUGGGAGAGGACGGGGUCAAAGUCAGCUUCUGUCAGCCCAGGACAUACUCAAGUACGUCAUGAAGUGGCUUAAGUGUGAAAAUGAUCAUACAGUACAUUUGA